GCAAGCCGGACCACUGAUGCACCUGUAGUGUGACAUUCAACAGCGCGACGCGUGGAUUAAAAAAAAUAAAAUAAAAAGUCAAUGUCAAAUCAAAUCAAUCAAAUAUGAGCGAAGCCACUUGGAGACAGAGCGCCGGUGCAACAUAGACGCUUAUGGUUCAGGACAAAAGGGGAUAUUGCUCGAAAUUACGAUGCAUCUCACGGCGGUGGUCCUAACCUUAAUUCUGGUCGUGACGGGCAUCGCCAAAGGUUGGGAAUGCAGCGCAGGGUGCAACACAGAAAAUGGGUUUUGUGAGAAGCAACUGAAAUGCAGGUGCAAACCAGGGUGGCAAGGAGAGAACUGUGACCGGUGCGUGCCCUUCCCCGGCUGUCUGCACGGCACAUGUGAAAAGGCAUGGCAGUGUGUCUGCAAGGAGGGCUGGGUUGGCAGCCUGUGUGACCAAGAUACUCGCCUGUGCUCGUCCAGGCCUUGUGCUGGAAAUGCCACCUGCAUAGAGACAGGAGAGGGGGGAUACCUGUGCAUCUGUCCCCACAGCUACACAGGGGAAAACUGCCACCUGAAGAGAGGACUGUGUCUCACAAACGGCUCUCCUUGUCAGAACGGAGGUACAUGUAUGGAUGCUGAUGGCUCAGCUGGUUACUCUUCCUGUUUGUGUCCCCCUGGAUUUUCUGGAGACUUCUGUGAGAUCAGUGUUGACAGCUGCCAGCCUAACCCCUGCCUCAACGGUGGCAACUGUACAAACCACGGCCUGGCCUUCACAUGUGUCUGUCCGCUCGGCUUCACUGGUUUCACUUGUAAUGACACCACUAGCCUCUCGCCCUGCGCCGGCAGGGCCUGCGCCAACAGGGGCACGUGUGUUGGUCAACCUGAUGGAACCUUCCGGUGCGUUUGCCAGAAAUGGUUUACGGGUCCCACCUGUUCCCUGCAGCACAGACCGAAGGCCAGAUCCAAGCCGGUUGGGGCCAGGCCUGUGGACCACAGAGUGUUUGCGCUGACUCCGCAGCACUACUCCCUCCCUGCUCACACCUUCCACAAGCUCCUCAGACCGCCCGAUAGAGACCUGCUCAAGAUCACGCUUAAGGAGACAGUCCACUCCCCCGGCGUCCUCGUCACCCAUGGCCAGCUCGUCUGCUUCGGCAUGCUGGCCCUGCUAACCUGCAUGGUCAUCCUGGGCACUACAGGCAUUGUGUUUUUUGGCCGCUGUGAGACGUGGCUGGCCAAUGCCAAGUACAGCCAGCUUGUUCGACAGCAAAGGGAACACCUGCUGAGAGAAGCUGGCGGUGCGAGCCAGGAGGAGCCGGAGCAUUCGGUAAACAUCAUCCUGCCGGAGAAGAUUAGACUCACCAGUUUUGGGAGACACUACACCUCCAUCUGAUUCAAUCGUCUCUGCCUCUUACCCUUUCCCUCUGGAAGGAGUUUAAUAUAAAUGUCUAAAAAUGGCACAAAGGAAAUACUAUAACUGUUGUACAGUUGUGUUAAUAAAGUGAGAGAAACUGGACUACACUGGAAUAUAUUUGAAUGUAAAGUCUACUGGACUAAGUGGACAACCAUGACACUGUUAUGUAAAUGUCAUUUUUAUUGUACUGUUAUAAACUAUCCAUUCAAAAUAUAUGAAAUUAUAAAAGAUGUCCUACCUUGGUGGUUGGUAAAGAUGUCAUGUUGAUGUAUUUAAGAUUUUUGACUUUACAAUAAUGUUUUAACCGCUAUGUUAGAUGUUGAUUUGGAAUACAAUAAUGGGGGUAAUAUUACAAAAGGAGAAAAUAACUGGAUUUUAACACACAACCUAGACCACUUUUCUUUCAGUAUUUAUAUUUAAAACGAAGUAAUCGCACCAUUGAUCUGGUUUCAGCUUCUCAAAUGUGUGGAUUUGAUGCUUUUCUUUGUCUUAUUUGAUAGUAAACUGAAUAUCUUUGGGUGUUUGGACUGUUGGGUGAAUAAAACAAGUUAUCGAAAUACAUCAUCUUAGGCCAUGGGAUAGUUUAAUUAGCAUUUUCUAAUGCUAAUAACAAUGAAAGUAAUCGUUAGUUGCAGCCCUAGCAAUCUCAAUGCAGCAUUUUGUGAAUUCACCAUUUUAUAAUGAAUGCAGAAAUACAUAGUGUAUACAGUAUGUGCAGUUAAAUUACUAUAUGCUGUACUAUAUGCCAAUACAGUAUAUACCUGAAGGUAAUUUUACUUCCCCAAUGCCAUCCAAUUUUCACUCUCUGCAGUAUCACUAAGGUGUUGGUCUUAAAGGUAUAUACGUAGAUGUUAUAAAGACGCAGGUUCACAGCUCCUCAAGAAAUGCCAUUUUCUAUUUCCAUCAUCAUCUAUUGGUAUCCAUGGCAUGCAUAUAUUCACACCUUCACCUAUUGAUCAGUCUCAAUACUCAUUUGCAGUUUCUCAGAGAUUGUUAGAUUUUCCAACACUGCUUCUUACCGCCAGUGUUGCAAAUUCACAGGCCAUGCAUCAUGCAACUCUGAGCCCAGAAAUCAAUACUGUGACAUCUGUAAAAGGUUAUUGGUUUGUCUCAUCAUGCAUGAGAUGGACACCUAUACUUUUGAUGGAGGGAGAAGUAAAACAAGAAAAACAUAUUUCUGCCACCCAGUAACGACAUGUGGAACUUUGUUAAUGUAAAAUAUUAAAAUUAACUGCUGAUAUGAGGAUUACUGUCAUAUUAGAGUGGGAGAAUUUUUUCUCCUCACUCUCACAAUGAUGAGUCCCCUUCAGUCCCCAUUCAGCCUGUGAGGAGAUGCUGUUAAUGUGGUGGGUUUUGUCUAUCUAUUCCCGGAUAGGGAGGUUAUCUUGUACUUAAACCAUAACAGUGUUACAUUUCAGGUUGUGUAUUAUAAUGUGCGGUAGUAAAAUUGUAAUGAUUUACAGAUGGCAUUUCUACAAGGGGGCAGUGACUGUAACUGUGCAGUACUUAUCAGUAUGUGUUCCAGUGUGGAAUUAUUCGCUGUUGUGCUUUGGCCAGAUAAUGUUUUGUUGUACUUUCAUUGCUUUUAAUAAAAUAUAUAAAAUCAC